CUUUUAAUAAUUCAGUGGACCGAAAGCCAAGGCUUUGUCUGCUCCCUUGCCUGUGUUGUGGUCCAGAUUACAUGCACAGUAUGCUGUACCUUCGCUUGGCUCCUCAGAGUAUUUAGUUUAUACACAGCACACUAAUGUAUUCUCCAUGUAGUUAAAAGUGGAUAUAGCGGGAACGUGGCAUAACCUCAUGUACCGGUCCAAUGAAAAGAGGAAGUGGUGCAAUCUCACAAAUUAUCAUCAUACCUAGUGGCUGGCACAUGUAACUGAAUUUAUUUUCCACCAAAUUAUUUUUUGUAAUUAUUUCUUGUCCCUUGUAAAAGUGACAGGGUCACAUAUGUUUUCUUGCCAGCUAUCAAACCUUAGCAGGUUGUAAUUCUCCCCCCCUCUUCAAUGUGAUCCUCCAUUUUAUUCCAGGAAGUAAACAGGGUAGUGUGUGUGUGUGUGUGUUUGUGUGUGUGUGUGUGUGUGUGUGUGUGUGGUGUGGCAGAACAGUAAAAUCACGUCACAUCAAGGAUGAAAAGACGAACUCUCCUUUUAUCUUGUCUGUGACAUUCUCAGGUGACUGGUCCUUGAGCUAUUCGGAUUGCUGUUGUGUUCUUGCUCCAUGCACCAGGUGAUGAAAUGAACUGUGAAAAUUAACCAGUUCCUUUGAUUUACAAAGAGCUCACUGUGAUUAUUAAAAGAUAAUUAUAAAUAACAACUCUACACCUAUACAGGCAAAAUAAUGUGUCAACAUGGAUUUAAUAAGUGUCAGGGGCAGUGGAUGGUUGGGUUUCCUGAAAGGAACAUUAAUUAUUCUGAGUUAAGAUACAGUUUUGGAAUCAGCACGAUGUUCUGCUCUCUGUGCUGGCAUAAUUGGCAGAUGUUAAUGUUUUUGGGGUCCCUAUGUGUGAAAAGUGCUUGCAUAAAAGAUGUGCAUUACAGUUAAAAUGUGUAACUCUUCAGCUCUCAGGGGUCCUUGAUUUCUUGCUUGCCAUGUAAAAUACAGCAUGGCCAUCAUGUUUUGACAAUGAUACUAAAAUAUUUAUAUGGUUGUGCAUGGUUGGAUCAUAAAAUAUAUCCUUGACUCAGAUAAACCGGAUAGUAGUGAUUUAUUAAUUUGAAUUUCAUAGUCAGAAAUGGAAUCUGAUUUGAAAGACCAUUUAAUGCUUCUCAUUAGGAAUAUUGACAGCGAGAGAAGGAUCCGCUUCUUCUUUUAUAUGAAUAAAUGAAUCAAAUGAACUAAGUCAAACCAUCUGUGUUUUCUGAUCAUUCAGUUGCUUCAACAGCAACAAAGGCAACAAAUAUUAACUUUUAGCAGUUAGAGUGGGGAUACAUCACUGCUUGUCUUAUGCGACUUUAUAGUAGAGUUUCAAUGGAAAUGCAGUUGUUAACAGUUCAUUUCUGGAAAUGACGUUUGAACAUCGAUUGUACAUAGCCGCACAGUGAAUUAGGUCAGUGAACGUGUGACACAUCAUGGCUUGCAUGUUCAUCGGCAGCUAAGCAGAUGUGUGGAUGUCACUGAGAUAUGCACAUUCAUAUACUCCACCAGCUGGGUGGCCCUAUUACGUCUCACAUCAUAAAUCCUUGACACAUAACUUGUCACAAUCCCUCAGGCUGGAUCUGGAACUGAGUUCUGAUGGCUGAAAAUAUAUGUCAGUCAUUUUGUUGUACAUGCCCCUCAGUGAUUAACUUCAUUCGCUUAAUGUCUACAAAAAGAAAAUCUAUUUUUUCAUUAAUUUGGUUUCUCACUUCUGUUAUUAAUAUUUAAGGUUGCUGUCAAACUGAUCUAACUGGCAGCGACAAUGAAAACAGCGUAUGCCAAUAUGUGGCUCUAAGAUGUGAUGUUUCACAAUAACAUUAAGAAUAAAUCAUAAACGUAUAUGCUGACAUUAGUUCGCUGGUAUGUGGCAGGAAGGCUGUUGGAAACUUUGAGCUGAUGAAACAAAUCUUAGUCUUUGUAUUUAAUGUAGUUAAUUAUGUUUUGUAGCACAUUUUAAAAACCUGUGUACGUGCAAUGACUAAUGCUAACUCAAAAAAGGCAGUGAUUCCUUUAUGCCCUGGUCUUUUGCUGUUUUAAUUAUCUCAUUGUGUUAGCCCUUCCCCUGAAAGUAAUGAACCUUUCUCAUUAACUGACCAGUCUGUAUCUAGGAUAAUACCUUUUUGUUUCCCAUCCUUAAUCUUAAUGCUGUAAACUGAGUAUUUGUGCUGUCCUCACGACUCUCAUCCAAAAACCUCUCCCCAUUGUUCGCAGAGAAUAUAUGACCGAAGUUAACCUGAAUGGAAUAGAAACCCUGACCUCUCCCACGUAAACACUAACAGAGGCUCGAGUCAGCGGGCUGUUAGUUUGAAUGAUAUCUCAAUUCUCUCUCCACCACCUUGGAAAAGAUAUACCACCCCCUCUCCCCCUGUCAACAGCAGUAAUUCAGAUAUUUGUCGGAUGCCUCAUAACACCACAAGGCUUAGAGGGUCUUGGUCUUCAUGUGACACAUCCAGCGAAGGCGUCCUGAAGAGGCUAUAAAUAGCAAAAUACAGUACAUCAGUUGUAAUCUGAAAAAGACAUCCCCAAGGAUCAGGAGAUUUUGUGAUCACCCAUAAUAUAUUCUUUAACCUUGCCAAAUCAGCAUUCCAUAGGCAACAAAGCCACCUCAAAUAGAAGCAUUGAGUUUUCAGCACCCCCAUUCUUUUUUCAGUGAGAAGAAACACAGCAUGAUUAUCUGAUGGAUUUACAAUCUAUUUAUGUUCAAAUGAUGAUUGCUAAUUGUUUUCCUCCAAAUUCACAGCUUUCUAGUAAUUUUACACGGGCACAAUUAGUGGGGAAAUGAUUUAGUUCACCAGUGUCUUGGGGCUCACUGAAUUUGCAUUGAAAAAGAAUCAUGGCAACAUGGACAAAAUUUGAUUGAGCUGAAAAUGUGUUAUUGUGGACGAAAUAGGGAGGUAUUUUGGAAAAUAUCCUGUGGGUUUACUAUAAUAGAAAUAGAAAUAGCACAGAAAUAGCAUACAAUAAAAUGAAGAAUUUAUUAUUCAAUUAAUUUGGUAAUAAUACAACCGUUUAUACGGUUGUUUUAGUGUUUUACUAACACUAAAACAUGUCUUAUGGUUUUAAGGCCACCAAGCUGGAUUCUGCAAAUACAUGCAGGAUCUAUAUCCACUGAAGUGUUGGGGAUUAAUUUUCUUUACCCACUAACAACAGAUGUAAGUAAAUUAUUACAACCAAAGAAUAACAGUCUCAUAAGCGAGUUAACCUGCCAUCAAGCAGCCAGGAGCUUUCUGCUAAGAUCUGCAUAUUUUUCACUUACAGGACACCGCCAAUCCCCCAACACACACACACACAAACACACACACACACACACACACACACAGCUCCGCAAUUUAAAUUAAUCUUUGUAGAAGGACUAAAGAAAUCACAAUAUUUAAUACAAAUUUACUAUACCCGUAACAUUUAACAUCCCUUCAACUUUUCCAGGCAUUGUUUCUAUGUUGUAAUGCUGUGCUUAUCAACCCAAAGAGUGAAGCCUCCGUAUUGAAAUAUAUCAAUAGCAUUGUAUUCCUCUGUGGCUUUAAACAGAUAUCUCAGUCAUGAGUGCAACCUAAUUUUCUAUAAUUUAAUCAUUAAAGAAACAGAGAGUUUGAUUGAUAAUUUUUCAUUUUUACACUGCAAGAUUUAUCUCCACUUGGUGUAGUUUCUUAAUAUUCAAAACAGGCUUCAGUAACUCACCGGAUGUUCAUUAUCUGCUCUCAGACAUUGUGCUGACACGAAUUUAUCCACCACAUUUCUUCACAUCAUGCGCUGUCUCUGUGAAAGCUGAGGGUAAAAGCUAUAAGUAGGCAAUAUUUCAUUUUUCGUUAAUAGCCGUGGCAAUUUUCCAUUGCGCUCUUUUAACAUAAAGGGCCCGCUGGCCACAUUCGGAGCAGAUUUCAAAAGACAUGGUUCCUGUAUGCAGCUACAUUUCCUCCAGUAUUAUCAAUAUUAUGCAGGUAUGUCCGGCACAACAAUGGCUUCAGAAGAAGAAUGUCUGUUGUAAGCCUUUGUGAGAUAGCAUGAGUGCAGAGAGGAAAAUCUGUUACUGCGCAAGGUUAUCAUUGCAGUUUCACUGCUCAGAUCAAGUUAUUACAGUCAGUUUGUGUAUUUCUCUCCACACAGAGCUGAAUGGCAGUAUACCGCCCGUCAAAUUGCAGAGGCAUAAAGGUCUCAUGGAAUAUAUAGACUUGGAACAUGCUGCAUGAGGCUUUGUAGGAGUUGUUGGAUUCUCAACCCAAGAUACUCAGCAGACUUCAAGGGCAAAUGGAUGUUAUAAUCCACUUUGAAAGAGACAUUUCCCGUUUGGCCAGUACGGGCAUGACUUUCCCUCUUGUAGAGAGGUGGAGGAGACAGUAGUUGGAAUAAGACUGAGAUACUCAGCAACACGUCUGACUCAUAACUUUUACAGCUAGCGGCUAAUCUGGGCUGACGAAAGCACAUCUUGAAUCAUAUAACCAUUCAUCUAUGAGGGCAGUUUCAGCACAGUGAGAACUUGAUUACACCAGAUGGAACAGAGGGAGGGACAUUAAACGUGAUGUUUUUGAAUAAUUCUCCUCUGUAUAAGUAUGAAUGACUGUCUUUUCUGCAGUAAUAGAUAGAUAGGUGGAUAGAACUAUUCAUCCCACGCCAGGGAUUUGUACUCGUUACAGCAGCAGAGUAUCACAAAGAGUAGGAAAAAAAUAUACAAUACAAUAUACAGGAAAACAACUACAGUUAUAUAAAGGGGGAGAGGGACUUUGAUGAUCCUCUCAGGACAGGAUCAUCGGCGAUCAUCCAGGUCUCUCUCCCCAAUAUUCAGGACAUUUUUCAGACAUGCAAUGUAUGCAGAUUCUCUUCCAUCAUUAACCAAAAUUGCUCAGUAAUAUGCAAUGCACAGCAAUGUCCCCACAGCAGUUUCUCUGGAGUAAGGUGCUCUGGGGCCUUAGUGUUUCAAUAAAAUUGGGCUAUACCUCUGUUGAUCCAACCCACUACUGAAUGCGAACUAUACACCUCAGAGAAAUUUACUGCUCCCUGGAAUGUGAUACCAAAGCAAUUAGUGUCGGAGAGAUUGGUAGACAUGAAAAAUCCUUACAGCAUGCCUUGGAGCCAAUACAAAGGCAAUGCAUCUCUGUUUUAUGGCCCCAUUGCUUAUUCAGUCUUGUUUGGUGUUCCUCUGCAAGACUCCAGAGUCAGUGGGGAAUUUUCCUGACAGGGCAAUAAAUUACUCUUGCAUUUAGCAUAAAGUCUCCCCAAUAAAGAUUAGACUAUAGGAUACUGCAGUGACCAGAGAGCAAUAUAAACAAUUCCCAGAGGGAAGAUGUUUUUGCUUUUGCUAAUCAAUGGGAGAAAGUCACACACUCGGCUAAAAACUUUAUAAUAGUGUGUUAAUCAGGACGUCAAUAGGAGCCACCACCCCUCCCCCUUCCUGCCUUAUCAUGUAUGUGCCAAUACACUGUGCUCCCAAGCAUCACAGGCCUUUCACUUCAUUUGUAUUGGCAUAACUGUAACAAUUUUUGACUAGUUUAUCCAUCUCUCACAUCAGCAAAUGAGUGGUAAUGAGUGAGGACAUAAAGUGUCACUUUAAAUAGCAGUGACAUUUUUUUCCUUGGGCACUAUCAGUCUUCAAACAGCAGAGACACCACGAGAUGACAGUAAAUUCCCUCGCAGAGAUGGCUUGGGUCUGUUUACGUGGCAUAACAAACAACCCUAAAUGUCAAUGAGCGGACUUGCUCUGUGAAGGACACCAAAGUGACUGGGCUGCAUUAUUUGCCACGAGUCUGAGGGAUUACUUGGAUGCCUGUAAAACAGCAUGUAAUCUAGCAGCCUUUUGGGACGGAGACCCAGUCUCGCCACAGUGCUGUGAGGAACAGACUGCUUAAGCCCCUGUCUUUGGAAAACACACAUGCACAGACAGAUAUGCACACACACACACAAACAAAGGCAUGGACACAGACACAUGGGAAAGCUGUUGCAUACAUUGUUGUGCUUGCUAGUUGUCCCAUUGGGUUGAGGAGCUUAGUUAUCCACUUAUGUACGGAGUUUAGUCUUAAGCGUUUUAAUUUUAGCUUAGAGUGGCGAGAAAGAUGCAGAAGCACCACAGAGAAUAGAGGAUUCAGGAGCCACGUGUCACAAUAAGCUCCUUUGUAUCUCAAUAAUUUGUAUCUUAUCUUGCAGUGUACAGCUCUUUGGGUUUUUUGGUUUUUUUUGGCCGAGGAGGGUAAACAGUUGGUUUUGAGCACAUUCUCCAGAAUGAACACCAACUCCUCAGAUGAGUUUUUCCAGGCCACAAAUCAUGCAGAGCAGACUUUCCGUAAGAUGGAGACGUACCUCCAGCACAAGCAGCUGUGCGAUGUCCUCUUGAUAGCAGGGGAUCACAAGAUACCAGCUCACAGAUUGGUCCUGAGUGCUGUGUCAGAUUAUUUCGCUGCCAUGUUCACCAGCGACGUGAGGGAGGCAAAGCAGGAGGAGAUCAAGAUGGAGGGAGUGGAUCCAGAGGCCCUCAGAUCUCUGGUUCAUUUCGCCUACACUGGUGUCCUUGAGCUGAAAGAGGAGACCAUUGAGAGUUUAUUGGCGGCAGCUUGCCUCCUCCAGCUUCCACAAGUCAUCCAGGUUUGCUGUAACUUUCUGAUGAAGCAGCUUCAUCCCUCCAAUUGCCUGGGAAUACGCUCCUUUGCAGACGCCCAAGGCUGCGUGGACCUUCUCAAUGUGGCUCAUAACUACACCAUGGAAAACUUUCUGGAGGUCAUUCAGAACCAGGAGUUCUUGCUGCUCCCCACAGCUGAGAUUGUUAAGCUGCUCUCCAGCGAUGACAUCAAUGUUCCUGACGAGGAAACCAUCUUCCAGGCUUUGAUGACGUGGGUGCGCUAUGAUGUCCAGCAUCGACAAAAGGACCUUGGUGUGCUUCUCGCUUUCAUCCGCCUGCCUCUUCUUCCUCCACAGCUCCUUGCAGAUCUGGAAAACAACAAGAUGUUCUCGGAUGAUCUGGAAUGCCAGAAGCUGCUGAUGGAGGCCAUGAAGUACCAUCUCCUGCCCGAGCGACGUCCCAUGUUUCAGAGCCCCAGAACCAAACCUAGAAAGUCCACCGUGGGUGCAUUUUACGCCGUUGGAGGGAUGGAUGCCACCAAGGGCUCUACCACCAUAGAAAAGUACGACCUGCGGACAAACACUUGGGUCCAGGGAGGAGUCAUGAACGGACGUCGGCUGCAGUUUGGUGUGGCGGUGAUAGACAACAAGUUGUACGUAGUCGGAGGGAGGGAUGGACUCAAGACUUCCAACAUGGUGGAGUGCUACAAUCCCAUCAGUAAAGUGUGGUCCACUAUGCCGCCCAUGUCAACACACAGACAUGGACUUGGUAUUGCUGUGCUGGAGGGCCCUAUGUAUGCUGUAGGCGGCCACGAUGGCUGGAGUUAUCUCAACACGGUGGAACGCUGGGACCCGCAGGCCAGACAGUGGAACUACGUGGCCAGUAUGUCGACGCCACGGAGCACCAUGGGAGUCACAGCACUCAAUGGAAAACUGUUUGCAGUAGGCGGUCGAGACGGCAGCUCGUGCCUGAGGUCGAUGGAGUGCUUCGAUCCGCACACCAACAAGUGGAGCAUGUGUGCGCCCAUGGCCAAGAGGCGCGGAGGAGUGGGUGUGGCGACGUACAACAACUUCCUGUACGCUGUAGGCGGACACGAUGCCCCCGCCUCCAACCACUGCUCUAGACUCUCCGAUUGUGUUGAGAGGUAUGACCCAAAGACGGACAUGUGGACCACAGUGUCCCCCCUCAGCGUUCCCCGGGACGCGGUGGGCGUGUGCCUGCUGGGUGACAGGCUGUAUGCUGUCGGUGGAUAUGACGGCCAGUCGUAUCUGACCACUGUUGAGUCCUACGAUGCACAGAACAACGAGUGGACAGAGGAGGUCCCUCUCAACAUUGGCAGGGCGGGCACCUGUGUGGUGGUGGUGAAAUUGCCUUGAGCGUUUUGUCCCAUGACGGCACGAGGAACAAAUGAGAGGGCUGCAAAGAAGAAGUGGACAAACAAAACAACAGAUCAAGGACAAAUCCUUCGAGAAUCAUGUUUUCCAUUUUUAUUUUUUUCUUCAAAAUCUGCCCUCUAUGAGUUUUCAGAGGGAAACACAGACUGAGCCUUGCCCACAAACCAUUGUUUCUUUCAUUAGUGGACAUGCCUGCCCACUGGGGAAGACUUGUUCAGAAACUGGAAUGCUGGGUGCGAAUUCUCCACAUUCUCAACCGAUCAAGAAUUUUCAUGGACUUGGCUCCGCUGCAGCAAAUCAGUGCCAAGCCUUUGUUAUACUGGUUUGUUCCACUAGUUUUAUGAAAAGUUCUGUGUGUAUGUCUGUAAAGAUCAAAUGUGAAAAAAAAAAGUUUCACUUUAAUAAAUAAGCCUAACUCCAGGUUACUUUUACAUUUAUACACAAACAUUUCCUAUCAGUGCCAUCGCAUACAGUAUAUUUUUGGGUUUAUAUUCCCUUUAUAGCCACUAACAAUUGUUAUAAAUGUAAAUACAGUAUGUACCAGUGUCUUUCCUUAGUGGGUGGUCUGAUAAUUACUAUUUAGCGAAGAAGACCACUGUGAACACUGAGACUGAGGAGUUUGCCCAGGAUGGGUUGGAGUUCGGGAAUGAAACAAACUUUUUGCUGGAUAAUAUAUUUGGACUUUUUUUUUAAUUUUUUUUUUAUGAGCCUGUAGCUGCAGAACACCAAAGUCAUUUGCUUGUCUUAGAAGAUGUACUGUUGCGCAUUAAAUAAGAGUUUACAAAAUUGUGAAUUACAGAGAAUGUAUCAUAUUGAUAUUUCACAAUGCUGUACAAUUCUUUCGGUGACCUUUCUGACACUACAUUUGUGUUGAUGGUAUCAUGCCUAAACCAGAGCAAUGGUGACAAUUGUUUCUAAUCUUUCGGCUUAAUCUCUGGGCAUGCUAGGCGAGCUAUGUAUUAUUUGAUUUAUACAAUGCUAUAUAUGAAGAUCAUUGUCUCUUCUGUAUUUUAAGAGCUUCAUUGCCUUCCUGAUCAUGUCGAUCAUUUUCACAAACACUGUUCAGUCAUUGCAUUCACCCUGAAGAAACGGCAAACCGUGGCUAGAUGCAUCCAAACCACCGAGAGAAAUGCAAGGGCUGUUUCACGAUUUCAGGCACAGCUCUUGAAAACCAGAUUUCAUCUGCACUUCUACUCGGAUCUAUUUGUAAUUGUAAUUAUAACAUGUUUUGGGGCCAAAUGUUACUUUUUAUGUUUUUGUCAUAAUUUUUGUACAGCAUGCAAACAGAUAAAUAAAAUGACUCCAGUCUUC